CCGAACAAAGUCCGCCUUCUAAGACGUGAUUGGCUAGUUAUGAAGACGCCAGGUGUGUGCUAUUGAUGGAUUCCCCGCUCGUGAAGCACGACUAGCCAAUCCAAUCGGAGAAGGAAGGACAUGUCGGAAAGUGGAUGGGAGAAGAAAAAAUGAGAGACGGCUAGUAGCUUUAGCCUUGGACGAUUCAUCUGGAUGGCUCAUGCAUCGGGAAAAUCAAUCAGAUCCUAAAUCAGACGGUUAUACCUCGACAUCAAACGGACACAGCUGGAAUAACGCCAUGCAGGAUUCAACUCCGUAUUGCGGGUAUCCGCCCAACUACUGGUACCCUCCUCCGGCCGGGCCGUACACGAACGCCUACCCGUCUGGGACCGAGAUCAACGGACAAGCGGCGUACAAUCCACAGGCAAUGCCGGCCUAUCCGAACGGAGUGUAUAACCCGGGUCAGUACCCACCGAACGUGCUUCACCCGUCCAAUCCGUUCUACUGCAGCGAUCAGAUCCCCCCCAGACAGCCGCAGUACCACAGUCAGGAGCGGACCACGGCCAGCUCUCCUCAGCCACCGUACCCUGUUCCACACUGCCAAGGGGCUCCUGGAUUCCCGCCCAGCUCGUACUCACCCUACGGAGACGGCUGCCCCCCUAAUGCCCCCUACCCCGCACAGCAGCCUGUACCCUCACGCUCUCAGCCUGAACCCUGGCCUCAUUCAGCGGGAUACGGACCCCAAGCGCACUAUCCCAACCACACACGCCCGCCGCACCCUCCGCCCUGGCACGGGCCCGCUCCACCUCCAUACGAUCACAUUAAGCACAAGGAACCCCCGUAUCCAGGUCAUUUGAGCAACCGAAACCGACCCGGCACACCCAAUUCCAACCCCGCCCCCAACCCGGCUCCAAACAAACAGGUGGAGUUCAGCGCCCCGCCUCAGAUCUACAACAAGACGUCCUCUGGAGGCGCGAACCAACCCAAUCCGGACCCCGCUCCAGCCGCGCCGCAGCCUCCGAGCAGCGAGAACUCUGGUCUGGCUCGGGUGCAGGAAGUCCUGGCCAGGGUCCACCUGCUGCAGGAAGACGUGGACGAGUUCGUGGGCAAAAAGACGGACAAGAGCUACCGCUGUCUGGAGGAGCUACUCACCAAAGAGCUGCUGGUCCUGGACUCGGUGGAGACCAACGGCCAGGACGGCGUGCGCUCGGCCCGCAAAGAAGCCGUGCAGAAGAUCCAGGCCAUCCUGGACCGUCUGGAGAACAAGGCGUUCUAACAAGGCGCUGCUGAUCUCACUCGUAUCUCUAUAUGUAUAUGUGUGUGUGUGUGUGUGUGUGUGUGUGUGUGUGUGUGUGUGUUUUGACGAUUGAGCGCACGUGAUCAUGGAAACGCAGCUUCUCUGCAAAUUUGUGUUAAUUAUUGCUCACACAGAGAAGAUCCAGACCUCAUGAUUAUAUUUUACAGACACACACACACACACACACACACACCUCUUGCACUUGAAUCAAACGCUUAGCCUCCACAGAAAGAAACUUAACACCAUUUUACACCAAAAUAAAUUCGCCCUAAACUUG